AUGAACUUCACAAAGAGGAACACUCAGAAGUAUAACUUCAAGGACCCGGAUUUGACAAAUUUAAGGAAGCUAGGAUCUUUGGUAGUUAGUCCGGACGACUUCCGAAAACGCUACGGGAAUUUGCUCAGCAUCCUCAAGACAAACGUUGAAGAGGGGAUCCUUAAUACCUUGGUCCAGUUCUAUGACCCUCUCUAUCACUGUUUCACGUUCCCAGAUUACCAGCUUGUCCCCACUUUGGAAGAAUACUCCUACCUAGUCGGCUUACCGGUGUCUGACAAGUUACCUUUCAGUGGCCUCGAACCAACUCCUAAACCUUUAACUAUCGCCGCAGCCCUCCACCUCAAAACUUCCGACAUAAUCAGUAACCUUACUACCAAAGGAGGCUUCCAAGGCCUAACUCCCAGUUUCCUCUACCAAAAAGCCUACACCUUUGCCGAAGCCACCAGUACCGGUGCCUUCGAAGCCACCCUUGCCCUACUCAUCUAUGGCCUUAUACUCUUCCCUAACAUCGACGAUUUCAUCGACAUUAACACAAUCCAAAUUUUCAUAUCCGGAAACCCUGUCCCCACCUUACUUGCAGACACCUACCAUUCCAUUCACCACAGAACACAAAAGAAAUGCGGAGUUAUCACUUGUUGUGCACCUUUGCUAUACAAGUGGUUUACUUUACAUUUACCCCAAACCCACCUUUUCAAGACUAAUCCAAAGAAAACCCGUUGGCCUCAGAGAAUCAUGUCCCUCACUCCAAUUGAUAUCCUUUGGUACCAACCAGCUAGUGACAUUGGAGUAAUCAUCGACAGUUGUGGAGAGUUUCCCAAUGUACCCCUCAUCAGUACACGUGGGGGAAUCACUUACAACCCCACUCUUGCCAGACGCCAGUUUGGAUACCCCAUGAAGGAAAAACCUAACAACCUCUCCUUAACCGGUGAAUUCUACCUCAACCACGAGGACCAUGCAGGCAUGAGAUUGAGAUUUGUGCGAGCCUGGCACACUGUUCGUAGGCUUGAUAGGAAUCAGUUAGGAAGAAGGACGGGUUUUGUACAUGGAUCCUAUACUCAGUGGGUCAUCGACAGAGCUUCGAUUCUUGGUUUACCCUACCCCCUACCCAGGCACGUAUCCUCAACCGUUCCAUCACCAUCCUUACCUGUGCCCUUUGAUAACAAAGAGGAAUGCAAUGAGCAGUUGAUUCAAAUGCGGCUUGAAAGGGAUACUUGGAAGAAAAAAUACCAGGAGCUCGAGCGUGAGAAUGAGACCUUGAAGGGAAAGCUGGCACAGAAAGAUCAUGAGCUUUUCGUUCAGAAUCAGAGGAUAAUUGAGAAAGAUGACUUACUCCGUCGAAAGGACGCUUUGCUCAGACAGGAUUCCAAGAGGAGGAGGAGGUUUAUGGAUUCGCUCUCUAGUGCACAUCCGGAUUUCGAGGAUCCAUCUACUCCGGGAGUUUGA